GGUGUUGUAGUUCGCAGUUUCUUCCUUUUUGCUGCCAAAAAUACUGACAUAAUUGCUUUAAAAACAAUAUAAUUCAUAGGUUUUAAAUACAUUGACCGUUCAGCAGAGUUGUUCUCCAAGAUGAUGCAGGCUUUGAAAGGCGUCAGACACCUGAAAUCCAGUACAAUGAAACAAGCAGUCUCAGAGCUCUGUGUUCCAGUCCCAUGGGGAGAGAUCAGAGGUAAAGUCUGGGGUCCUGAUCAUGGUCGUCCUGUGCUGUGCGUUCAUGGCUGGGCUGACAACUGUGGUACAUUCAACACCCUCAUUCCCCUGCUGCCCAAAGACUGCAGGUAUGUGGCGGUCGACCUGGCAGGUCAUGGUCGCUCAUCACAUCGUCCCCCUGGAAUUUUCUACUCCUUUCCCUCGUAUGUGAUGGAUGUACGCAGAGUCGUUGACGCUCUGCAGUGGAGCAAAUUCUCCAUCAUAGGCCACAGUAUGGGUGGGAAUGUUGCUGGACUGUUCAGCGCUGUGUAUCCUGAGAUGGUGGAUGCUGUCGUACUUCUGGACUCCUACGGAUUUUUACCCACAGAUCUGAAAGAAAUGCCUAAAGUGAUAAAGCAGGGGAUGGAUGAGAUGCUUCAGUUUGAAAAAAAGACAGAAGAGAAAAAGAGUAGAGUUUAUUCUUAUGAGAAGGCAGCUGAGAGGCUUUCGGCUGUAAACCCGACUCUGUCUGAACAGUCUGUGCACAUCCUUUUAGAGCGAGGUCUAGUUCAAGUUGAAGGAGGCGUUGUGUUCUCUCGAGACUUUCGUAUUAAUCUGAAAAACAUAGCGCGCAUCAGUUUGGAGCAGAGUCUGGAGAUGCAGUCGAGGAUAAAAGCCUCCAUCCUAGUUGUUCUAGCAGAAGGCGGCUUUGAGAAAAUAUUUGCUGAACAAGAUCAAAAGAAAUUUACAUCAGCACUUCUCCAGGCCUAUAGGGACAGAAAUAACACAGUGGUGACAGUACCAGGCGACCACCACGUCCAUCUGAAUAAUCCUGAAGCUGUGGCGCCACUUGUGUCGGACUUCCUGCAAACCAAAGUGUUGACACAGUCUGACAGCCUGAUAGAUGUGCCGGCCUCUAAGAUAUAGCAGACACACAAAAGCAACUAUUUUUCCAGUACACACUCUCACACUCAGAAUCAGCAGUGUAACAUAAAUUAACAACUUUUUAAAAAAUAUAUUAUGGACGGUUGUAAAUCGUUUUAUUUAUACUGUACUUUAUGCUGUACUCUCACCUUGGUGCUUUAACAACAUUCAACCAGCUGCCUUAGCAUCAGCUAGUGAUGUUAUUUCUGGUGGGCUCCUGAAUUAUUUACAGUAUUUAUAUAUAUAUAUAUAUAUAUAUAUAUAUAUAUUAAUGUGCGCUGUUGUAGAUUUGAGUGACAGUGGCCUCGUGAGCAAUAUCAGUCACGUAUCACACCAAGCUGCUGUUCUUUAACCCCAGCUGGGCUAAAGGAGGGGUGUUAAGUGAGAUGAAGAAACAGAGAAAGAACGUGCAGCCUUACUGAUCAAGUGAAUAGUUCUCAUUCAUAACAGGUUCAAUCAAUUCUUUGUAUCGUUCUCUUCCAGGCUUUUAUGCAAUAUAGUGUAUUUAUUGUGUGUAUUUAAACAGUAACACAUCGUUUGCAUUUUGAAAGUAAGAGUUCAGAGUUUUCAGCGGCACCUCUGUUCAUCUGUCUGCCCGGUUAUCAUGGAGCAGCUUGGUCCAAGACUUUCAUGAGUGAACGUUAAUGUGUUAACAGGUGGUCAACACAUGAACCAGUCACAGUUACUGGACAGCCAAAUCAAGACCAUUUACAUCCAGUGCCACACAUUUAAGCUAAUGUUCCCAAGGUGAAGAACAUUUGGUGCCAAUCCAGAAGUAGAGUUUAGGAUGUGCAAGAUGUCGUAACUUUUGGCACUUGUCUUUCAUAAACUUGGAUGUGUUGUGUUGGACAAGUGGAAACUCAGAAAAAAGUCACUAAAGCCAUUUGGAUUCAUCCUCUUUAUUUGCACACCAAGGCAGUAUCAAAAAACUCUCUAUUGAGUUUUAUUUUAAUGCAAUUCAAAAAAAGUUAGAAGUUCUGUUUUAAGAAAUGUGAAAGUGCUUCAUAUAGAAGAAACGACCAGAAUGGCGAGUGAACUCUUUGUUUGUCUGUAUGAAUGUUUUCCAGCUGCCCGACAGGUCUGCUGGUACUUUAGCAGACAGCGGUUUUAUUACCUUGGAUGUGUUGUCUUUGAGGAGUGUUUGAAAUGCACUGUGGCAGGUCAGAUGUCUUAGAAGUCUGACACCUGAUGUAAAUAUUUCAGCAGAUGUACACUUUCUCUGAAUGGUGUGUCCUCAUGUUUAAUCUCAAAGGUUAGUGGAAAGGUACAAAGGAAAAAUGUGUCCUGAGAGUCACAGUGAAAGCAGAGGAUGAAUCUGGAUGCAACAAGUACUGUAACACAAUGACUGCAAUACAAAUAACCAUCAUCAUCUACUGUUUGAAUGAUUUUUUUUCUCUGUCAUAACUUUAAAAGUGUUUUAACAUCUUAAAGUAUUUGUACGGCUCUCUGUUAUAAAUAUUGAUCUGUAAAAAUUGA